UCAUUUUAUAAAUGUUGUCUUACUUGAAACCCGAUUUCUUUCAGGCUCUGAACCAUUUAGGUGAAUCCUCCGAUGGCGGCCACGACGACGACAAUGUCGGCAUGAUAGAUUAUAUGCUCAGUAAUUCACUUCAGCAACAACCAGAACAUGAGAUGUCUCCUGGAUUUGAUGAAGCUUCUCCUUCUUUCGAUAAACUAAGCUUCCCAGAUGCAGUGAUGCAGUUUUCGGAUUUCGGUCCGAAACCGACAUUAAACCACACCAAGAUCCGAGAUCAGGAUCAAGAAACCGGGAUCGACCCGGUUUAUUUCCUCAAAUUCCCAGUCCUGAACGACAACAUCCAGGAUCAUCACCAAAUCCAACCUCCCAUGGUGUUUCGAGAAGGAAAGGAGGGUCAAGAAGCUAGGGUUCUAGACAGAAACAACAACUCAGAAAACAAGAACAUGUCGGAAAACGAGGCGAAGGGCAAGAGGAAGAGGAGAAGGACGAUCAAGACCAGCGAAGAAGUGGAAAGCCAGAGAAUGACUCACAUCGCAGUCGAGAGAAACCGAAGGAAGCAGAUGAACGAACAUCUUCGUGUCCUCAGAUCUCUCAUGCCCGGAUCCUACGUCCAAAGGGGAGAUCAAGCGUCGAUAAUAGGAGGAGCCAUAGAGUUCGUGAGAGAGCUAGAGCAACUCCUUCAAUGCCUCGAGUCGCAGAAACGGAGGAGACUAUCGGAAACGGCUUCUUCUUCUUCUCCUUCUCCCUCCCCUCUGAAUUUUCCGGCGAACGAAUCUGAAGAGGAGACGGCGGAGAAGAAGUCGUGUUUUGCUGACGUGGAGGUGAAGAUUCUAGGGUUUGACGCGAUGAUAAAGAUACUGUCCAGAAGCAGGCCUGGCCAACUGGUAAAGACCAUCUCUGCUUUGGAGGAUCUCCGUCUCUGCGUUCUUCACGCUAAUAUCACCACCAUUGAACAGACCGUUCUCUAUUCCUUCAGCGUCAAGAUGACAAGCGAGAAGAGGUUUACCGCAGAAGACAUAGCAAACUCCAUCCAGCAAAUAUUCAGUUUCAUUCAUGCAAAUACGGCCAUGUAAUAAAACAGUUUAUAUACUUAUUUUACCCAAUAAUUAAAUAAAUAAAUAAAUAAAACAGUUUAUAUACCAC